UGGAUCGUUGUGAAUUUUCACUCUAUUAACGUAGAAAAUUAAACCCGCUGUAAAAAAUGAAUCUCAAGACAACAUUAAUACUCUUACUUCUAAGUCAACUUACGUAUUCGUGCGUGCAUGCCGAAGAAGCUGCAACCGGAACUAUUAAGCAGCAUUCGCUUCGUACACCUUUGCCAAAUUUGCCAGCCGAUCAUUUGAUACGCUAUUUGAAUACCUUCCCACAGUGUGCACUGAGUGAAGAAUGUCAGCGCGCUAUUAAAACUAACGCCUCCACAUUUAGAUCAAAUGACGCAGCAGUACUUACUACAGAAGCAGCGGUCGCAACAACUGUGACGGUGUCUGGCGGCCAGACCGACUCCACUUCAUGUUGGGGUCAUGAGCUUGACUGUGAUGAAAAGAGACGUUUUCAAUUACCCACUUGCCCCGGUGAACACCAUGGUUGGGUGCAAAGUAAACCUGCUCAAGUGAGCACUUUUUACUAUCAAGCCGAUUUCGGUUACAUACAACAACAAAUCAGCGAGUUAUCACUUAUGUGAGAGCCUAGCUAUAUCACCGAUUCUUCACUGGAGUGCAGCAAGUAUUUACGCUUUUGUCGUGGAUGCAACUCGCUUUUAGAUUUCCGUGAUCUAAUACAACGCAAAGAACUUAUACGCUAUCAUAUGGAUGUGCUGAAGCCGAGUCAAAUAUUGGGACAUUGUCAGUUGAAUAGAACACGCUUACAGGUGGAGCUUGAUCAUAUGGGCGCGCUGCAGUCUUGGGCACCAGAGUUGCGUAAUUUCGACGAAUUGCCAAUGCCGCUAAUGACAAGUGGCGAAUGUGAUUUAAUUGUAGAUACGCCCACUUUUAUUAUGAAAAUUGAUGCUACUUACAAUAUGUAUCACCACUUCUGUGACUUCUUCAACUUAUACGCCUCACUAUUUGUGAACCAGUCUCAUGCACUGGCAUUCCACACCGAUACGCGUAUCUUGAUAUGGGAAACAUAUCCAUAUGAUUCGCCAUUUGCGGAGACAUUCAAAGCAUUUUCCGAUAAUCGAGUAUGGACGUUGAACGAUGUAAAAGGAAAGCGUGUAUGCUUUCGAAAUGUGGUAUUGCCUCUAUUGCCACGCAUGAUUUUUGGUCUCUUCUACAAUACACCGUUGAUUCAUGGCUGUGAAGGUAGCGGCUUAUUUCGCGCUUUCUCUGAAUUCAUACUGCAUCGUUUACAAAUACCAUUUCGCCCACCUUUACAGCAAGCUAAGUUGCGCAUUACCUUACUAUCACGCCGCACAAAGUAUCGACAAAUUUUGAAUGAAGACGAGCUGUUGAAAUUUUUAUUCUUUAGGGGUCUCACCUUCAUUCAGCAAUUGGCUCUCACACGUAAUACAGACAUACUUAUUGGCAUGCAUGGAGCUGGUCUUACACACUUGCUAUUCUUGCCCAACUGGGCCACCAUUUUCGAAUUGUAUAAUUGUGAAGACCCGAAUUGUUAUAAAGAUUUGGCGCGUCUACGUGGCAUUAAUUAUAUAACUUGGGAACGUGAUGAAUUACUUUAUCCACAAGAUGAGGGGCAUCAUCCGCAAGGCGGUGCGCAUGCUAAAUUCACAAAUUAUCGCUUUGAUCCAAAAGAGUUUGUACGUUUAGUGACAAAAGCUGCGGAACAUGUGUAUUCACAUAAUGAGUUCCAGAAGUUUCAAACACAAAAAAGUGCCAAGCACGAAAUGAGCAAACAUGAUGAGAUGCAGAAAAAGAGAGAUGAGCUAUAGUAUAAGACUAAUUGGUUUUUUCAUUCAGUAUUUUAAUUUAUUUCGUAAAUUGUGAUCUUAAAUAGCUCUUAAUAAGAAGUUGAAAUUUUCUUUAAAUAGAGUAAACGCUGAAUUUUGUAUUAAAAUUUUGUGAUUUCUCGCGUCCCUUCUGGUCAAAGCAUAUCGUUCCAGCAAGUUUACCAAAACUAAAGGAAAUGGUACGAUGUUACAACAACAAUGCAAUCGUAACCUCAGGUUGAGGCCGUUAUAGCUUAACAUAAAUUAAUUGCAACCGUUUUGUUAAAAAUUACUGAAACCCGGUGAUGGACGGCUCUAUCCACAUUCUAUAAGUGGAAACCCCAGGCUGCGGAGGCAGUUUUAGGAAGUGAUCUGUUAAAGCAGGCAUGCCUAGCGCAGGGCACUUGCAUAUGGAAUACUGCCAGCGUUGGGCAUGACUGUGUUAAAGUGUUAAAGAAACCCUCCGCCCAAUAUCCCCUUAAAGAUUCGUAAAAAAAGUGUAUAUUUUUAGAAAAAUCAUACAGUGCAUUAUAGCAAAGUCGACCCCUGCCUUGUAUAGCGGUAUUUACAGAUACUCACAAAUGAGCGUACAGCUCUUUUUUGUUAUAUUCACUAUGUUUUACAUGCUAAAAUCUUUUUGCUAAUUUUGUAUUAAAAUAUGGGUUAUAUUUUAGCAAACCCCAUUUAAAUCCAAGAAUGAAUCAAAGUUCCAGCA